AUGGAAACAACUGUAAAGAAAAAGAGUUUGAGCAAGCAUAAUAAAACUCUGCCAAGUGCUGGAAAGGCCCCUGCUAAUAUCUCUACCAUUCUGCCUUCAAAACAGAUUGCAACAUCCAGUGUGUCAGAUCUUCCCACAGUUUUGCCAGAAAUAGUGAGUUUAGAUUCCAUAGUAAAAGCAAGCCCUGGGAAAAGGAGACCAGGCACUGUAAUAAUAUCAAAACGGUCAAACACUGUAAGCAUGUCUCAGAGUCAGUUGAAUCGACCAGUCAUUCCAUCAAAGAGACCUGGCUUUAGGGUGUGCUAUAUCUGUGGCAGAGAAUUUGGGUCACAAUCUCUUGCCAUACAUGAACCCAAAUGCUUGGAGAAGUGGCAUAUUGAAAAUGACAAAUUACCAAAGCAUCUCAGAAGAUCAGAGCCUGCUAAACCUCAGUCCCUUACUGGUGGCACCUAUGAUAUUAAGGCUGCAAAUGAGGCAGCUUAUCAGAGUGCUCAAGCUCAGCUCUUACCCUGUGAAAACUGUGGUCGCACUUUUCUUCCUGAUCGUCUCCCUGUGCACCAAAGGAGUUGCAGACCAAAGGAUGGUGGCCUGGGCCCUUCAAGCUCUAACCCCCCUAAAUCUGUUAAAGGCCCUACCUCUGGCCUUCCACCAGUGAUCAGACGGCCACCCACUGUUGUUUGUUACAUAUGUGGCCGUGAGUUUGGAACUAAAUCUAUUGGCAUCCAUGAACCACAAUGUCUGAAAAAAUGGCAUAACGAGAAUGACAUGCUACCCAAACAUUUACGAAGACCUGAACCUAAAAAGCCAGAAGUCAGAUCCUUAGGAGCCAAAGGUUUCUAUGAUCUCGAUGCUCUAAAUGAGGCUGCCUGGAACAGUGCCCAGAGCCAGUUAGUUCCAUGUGAUAUUUGUGGGCGUACUUUCCUGCCAGACAGACUGAUUGUCCACCAGCGGUCCUGUAAACCGAAACCAACAAAGUAA